UUUUUUCACUUCGCCCCCUCAAACUCCUCCGCCUCCCACAAUGCCACCCCUCUCCGCCUCCGCCACAGCCACCCGCUUCGCCGCCGACUGGGUCGUCGACGCCCUCGCCGGAGACGAGACCCUCGAGUUCUCCGUCCUCAAGGCGCUCGUGGGCGCUUCGCCGGAGUCCCUCGCGGGCGCCCCUGAGGCCACGCGGGAGCGGGUCGCGCUCCGGUGCCUGGAGGAGGUAUCGUCCGUGAUAGCUGCAGGGGGUGAUGCCGCGGCGACGGUCAAGGUGCUUAGGGUUGAUGACGCCCGGUCAUGUGAGGAUUUGCUGCUUCAGCUUAUCGGAGAGGUUGGAAAUUCUGGAAACUUGGAGAAGGAUUUGCUUCCACCUUUCAGUCAAGACAUCCAGAAUGUUAUUCGCAUCAAGAAACCUACAUUACCACAAACUUCCUUUGAGUUGCUAAGAGAAGUUGAUCCGGACAUCAAGUCUACGGCCCCAUCAUCCCAACUGGAGCAGAAUGGCACCACCCAACUUGACAAUGAGCAGUCCCCGUGCAGCAGCAAUGAUCAUGUAAAUAUAGAGAAGCCUAGGCUUCCUACAGACAAUGGGGAGCUUCAGCAAGAGGCCCUGGUAAAUUUAGUGGAUGAAUCAGACUCAAGAAUUAUUGAAAUGGAUUCGGUCGCACCAACUUCUGUUCUUCACCAACCAUGCACAUCCGACAGUAAGUGUCGCUAUCCUCUGCAAGAAGAUGCUAUAGGUGCUUCUAGUUUGGGUCCCAGGUCUCAAGAGAGGAGUCCUACUGUGGAGGGGAACAUUUCAGUUGAACCCGUGCCUGCUUCGGCUAGCUGUGAUGCAGCUUUGCAGGGAAGCAUUACUGAACCAUUGUCCAAGCAUGUUAUGGAGUAUCAUACUACCGUGGUUCAACGACAAUCUAAUAGGGAAACAUCUCCAAGCCCACCACACUAUAUUGAUGGAGAGAGACCACAUAAUGAUUGCACCAGCGAUCUGCCAUCGAAGGAUCCCAGGCAUGAAGAGUUAUCCAUGCAUACCACAGUAAAUCCAGAUAUUGACAGAAGCAGUGAUGCGUUGCCAACAAAUGCAUCUAAACCUGAGUGUGUUACCACACAGAAUACAACCAUGAUUUCACAACCUCACAGCAGCGGAACUCAUCUGAGUACUCUGCAGAACAGAAGUGGUGAGAGAGUAAACCAACAUCUAGAUGAUGUCAGUGCAAGUAUUGAGCCAGUGGAAAAGGACCAUGUUUAUGAGAAGCUGACUCUUCAAGCUGCUAGUGCUUUACUUUCUAUGAGCUGCAAUGGCAAUAUUCAAGGAGGGAAAUCUGAAACCAACCAUCAGUCAGGGAAUACUACAGAGCAUACUAUGGUGUUUGAACAACAGAAUGUUGGCAGGUCACAUCUAGAAGUCAGUAAGGCCAACAAGGUUAAUCAAGCACCACAUGAUGGCAGCAUUCAGGAAAAUAAUGUGGUUAACGGUGGGCCUAAUGCACAGAUUGCUCCAAGUUCACAACCCUGCAAUAUAACCUUGCAUGAUAAAAUUUCAGAAGCUGACUAUUUAUCUGAGGAGAAUACUGGAAAGAACAGAAGUGAUGUUCAGAAAUGUGGUUGCAGUGCGUCUGUUCCAAGCUCUGCUCAGGAUGGAGACGGAAAAGGUGCAACAAAGAUACCGAACAAGGAAAAUUUUGGGGAUACCUCUGUAGAAGUAUCUGUCCCUUGCUCAGAUUAUAAUUUACGUGGCACUGCUGCUGCUGGUCUUCUGGCAAUGACUGACAAAAUGCCUUUCCGUACCAAGGAUCAAGACAUUAAUGAUUCUCUUGGGGAUUUGUCACAACAAGAUUUGUGCAUAAAAUGUGGCAAAGAUGGUCCGUUGCUGAAAUGCAGCAGCUGUUUGUUAACUGCUCAUGAUAGCUGUUUUGGUUCAUCAGCAACAUUUGAAGAUACUGGACUAUUCUGCUGCCCAGUAUGCUUCUGUACAAAAGCCACUGAAGCAUAUAAAAAAGCAAAGAAAACAUACUGUGAAGCUAGGAAAAACCUAGCUGCUUUCCUUGGCACAACACGUUUGGUCAAGCAACAUGAUGAGAAACCAAAUGGAUCUCUGCCAGUAGCUGCCAACAGAAAGGGACAUUCAAAUGGGUGUGACUCGCCAAAAAGGAAAAAUAUCGAUCAAAAUGAAGCAGAUAACCUUGCUCAUCAGGAUGAAGAGCCUUAUCAACAGAGGAAGAAGCAGAAAAUAAAUGGUACAGGCAAUGGUUAUCCUGAACAGGUAGUCAUUGAGAAGGUUCCUUUUCCGAGUUCUGAUGUUGCACCCGUGAAUAAACAUACCGUUCUCAAGAAUAAUAGUAGCCAGAGAGUCCAGGGUGCAGAGAAACAGCAGCAGGUGGAAAACAAAGAAGCUGGCAAUGACAAUUCCUCCCAUGAAACAAGAAGUUUAUCUCAGAAAAAAUGCGGUCCUCCUGCAAAUGAGGAAGUUGAGGCUGACAGAGAGGAUGGUCUUGCAAAUUCUCACCAACCUGAUGAUACUGAUAAAUUAGAAGCCACAUCUUCAAAUGUCUCUGGCAAUAGAUCAUCCCCCCCUUGGCAUAACAUGAGACACAGCAAAGCAAGAUUACAUGCGAAUGAGACAGUGGCAUCAAGUAGCUCUAGAAAAACUGCACAGAAGGAUCAUCGCAUGCCUUCAUCAAGACAAAGAAAUUAUGCAUAUCAGCAGAAGCGUUAUUCCAAUCCUGUUGCACCAAGUGGAAGGCGCUCAAAGCUCUGUUGGACAGAAGAAGAAGCAGCAGCUCUGAAGGAAGCAAUGGCAAAAUUCACCCCACAGGAUGACACGCCAAUUCCAUGGGUUCAGAUUCUAGAAUACGGUAGGGAUGUGUUCCACAGGACGCGCCUCCCAUCUGAUUUGAGAGUCAAGUGGAGGAACAUGAAGAAGAGAGCAGGCUAUUGAUUCUGGCAAUCUCACAUAUGCAGCCAUUGUUUCACAUUCGUGGUCACUAACCCCUUCUUUCUCUUUUAGCCCAUCCGUUGCCAUAGCUCGCAGUGUAGUCAACUUGAUCAGGUAAAUCAACUUAAUCAAUUUGAUCGGACAUAUAGAAUAUGCUGUAGUAUUACAUGAUCGUCUGAGAUAUUCAAGAUAGCUGUGUAUAUAAAGUGGUCCAGAAUGAGACGCGACCUAAAUCAUCACAAGCAUGAAUGGUCCAAGAAGUUUGUGUUAGGUGAGUGUUGGCUAUGGUUGGCAGAGUCGAUGCAGCCUAAAAGAUAUCAGUUAAUACUGCAACAAAUAGGCACCGGCGGCUAGAAUAGUACUGGGAGGAAUGUUUUGUUAUAUUGCUCUGUUUAGACACUGUUCAAAUGGAAAUAGUAUCAUCACAGGACUGGUUUAUUUGGAGGCAGCCUACAGGUUUUUGGCAUGAACCACCAGCUAGGAUUUUAUCCAAGACAGGUGGUUGAUAUGCCUAAAGUCCGUGAGGCCGUGUCCAACCAAAGUAGUCUGUGUAUGUCAUUGAAGCUGUAUGCGAGGUGAAAGCACAACUGGUCAAGCUGUACUGUAUCUGAUAGAGGUGGCCUGGUCUAUGCAUUAGGAAUUGUAUUUUCAGGGAAACCUGCAAAACAUGUUCUUCAAGAUUGCAGUUCUGUGGAUUUUUAAUGGUUGUAAA